AUGGAAUGCGUAAAUCUAGGAAAACUUAUGAAUAAAAAUUGUGCUAUCAUUCUCCCAAACAAAACUUUAAUUACUUUUAAAGCAUUGCAUACUUAUUUCGGUAGGCUACCUAGGUCGAUUUACCUGGACUUGAGGACUUCGUUUAUUCAUAAAAAGACUGUUUUUGAGACAAAAGGUACAUUUGUCGUUCUCAAUAAAAGCCGUUUAAUUUGGUUAAGUAAAUGUGGUGUCAAACAAAAGAAGGUCAAUGAAAUCAGAUGUUUUGUAAUGCUAUUAGACUGUCCUGAAUACAAACAAAAGCAUCAUACUGGAGCAAAAUAUGUAUCACAGACGUAG